AUGAAUCCUCAAACGGUGAACAGGUUGGCAUAUCAGAGGCCAUUUCCAAAAAGAAUCAUCAGUGAGUAUCCUCUCCCGAGGAAUUACAGGCCACCUGAUUUCUACUCCUUCUCGGGAGAGGAUGGAUCAUCGACCAUUGAGCAUGUGGGACGUUUCACAGCUCAACUAGGAGAAGUGGGCAAUAAUCAGUUUCACAAAUUGCAGUUGUUCGGAUGGUCGCUCACCAGAACAGCUUUUUCCUGUCUCACUCACAGACCUCCUGGAAAUCAGGCAAAUGCCGGAGGAUUCAUAGAGCGAAUACGACUAAUAAAGAGACGUUGCCCGAUAAUCAUUGAGGAGAGUGAGAUGACCAAUUUGGUGGUUAGGAAUAUGCAUACACGACUGCGGGAGGCUUUAACGGCCCACGAUGUUCAAGAUCUGACCAGUUUAGCAUCCAAGGCGGGGAGGUUAGAAUCCCUUUUUAGAGAAAAGGAUCACAACUUCCGCCAAAUGGCCAGUGUCGAUACAAAGAUGUAUACACCGGACGACGAACAAGGGGAAUGUGCUGAAGAAAUGGUGGUUGAAAUUGUAAACAGCAAGCCCUACGUAUGUUUCAAAUUGAAGCCCCUUCCAGGGGCAGAAGAGCAGGAACAACCGACGUUUGAUGCAUCCAAAGCAGAUGAAAUCUUCGAUAUUCUACUAGCGGAUGGGCCAAUUCGUAUACCGAAGGGGCAACGGUUGGCAACAAAGGAUGAGAUAAAGGGAAGGCCAUACUGCAAGUGGCAUAACUCUUUUACGCAUUACACAAACCAGUGUACGCACUUCUGA